CCAAACCCCCACAGUAAGAACGCCAACAACUCCCAGAGCGACGUGGUGACGCUGAUGCUGGAGGUGCGGGCGGCCACGCGCCUGUCGGCAUUCGGUGUGUCCCGGCCUGAGGUUGUCACCAUCCCGGAGCCCGGCUGGGAGCCCCCCCAGCCCCCCCAGCGCCUGGAGGACAUCGGACCCCCCGUGGAGUUUGUGUAUGAGGUUCUCAAUGAAGGUCCCAGCUCCAUCAGUGCCGGUUCCCUGGAGCUCUGCUGCCCCCUGGCGGUGGGCGCCCACCCGGUGCUUUAUAUCGUGGGACACUCGGGGCCGAGGAACUGCAGCGUCAGCCACGGGGUGGACCGGAUGGGACUGAGGUCCUCACUGCCCAUCGGCAUUCCGAGUUGA